AUGUCCUCCAAACUUCAAUCCACAGACUCCAAAACUAAGGACCAGCAGCCUUCACACCAGGAGAGUCUGUCACCCCCGAAAGCCAAUGCAGAAGCCAUCGACUUCCUUGAAUCCCUCCAACUUAAAGAGAUUCAACUGCUGCUCUUCUCCGAGACUUUGGCCAUGGUCUCAGACACAGGGGAGCCCCUGGGAGAGCUGACCAUUGACGUACAAAAAGGGAGCUACAGCGACAAACUUGGAAUUUUCUCAGAGUGUCUGCUUGUGCAUGCCUACAGCCGAGGCUUCUUGAACAAACUACUCUGUGGAAACUCCGUCCUGGGUUACAUCUCCGGGAAAAUGGAGAUCAUGGAACAAAAGAGUCAAGAAUACAUCAAGUUUCUUGUCCUUCCGAUGGAACGGAAGACUAAUUUAGUGAGACAAGAAGAUCAGCUGGCCAUGACCAGGGUUGUCAAGGAGGGAGAGGAAGUGAAGACUGAAGUGACUUUUUUCCCCUGGAACUCAAUUGCUGGCUUCAUCUCUGAGGCUGCCAACCUGGUGAUACUGAGAGUGAUGGCCUGGCGGCAGAUGGUACCCAGCAAUGCCCGCUUUCUGGCCUUGGACACAGAGGGAAAACUCUGCUAUUCCACCUAUCAAGCCCUGGGCUUCCAGACAUUCCAGGUGGGCCGUCAGCAGGCAAAAGUGUUCAUCGUGGAGCAGACAGUCCACUCGGAGGAGAACAUCCCCAUGUCCUGCCAGUUCUACCUGUUCUCUGAUGGGCACCUGGCCAAGAGAGUGCAGGUGGGCUCCCCCGGAUGCUGUAUCGUCACCAAGAUGCCCAUCUUGAGGGAGGAAGAUGAGAUUGAACCCCCUCCGGUGUUUGAGGCGAAGCCCCUGCCCUGGGAGGAGGACCUGGAGCUCUACUCUAAGUUCCUGGAUCGGAAGGAGGAGCUCCGACUCAGCCACGCCAGCUACAUGCGGCACCACCCACAGGCUCAAGCGCUCAUCUCCGACUUCCUGCUCUUUCUGCUGCUGCGCCAGCCCGCAGACGUGGUCACCUUCGCCGCAGAGCACUUUGGACCCUUUUCGGUGCACAGCCAACCAACCUCCGCCUUACGCUCUUCCAACCGGCCCAGCCCUUUCCGCUCGCUGGUCCCGAAGCUGUCCUUCCGCAAAGAGUCCCCGCCCUCCCCGGACGAGGCCUAA